AUGGUAGUCUUGUUACCGCCACUCUAUGUUAACCCAAAAUGCAAACCGAGUCCGGUUUUAAUCCCUGUUGUAGACUUAACCAACCCAGGUGCCAAAACCCACGUCGUCAAGGCUUGCGAGGAGUUUGGGUUCUUCAAAGGCGUCAACCAUGGUGUCCGAUCCGAUCUUUUGACCCAGUUGGAGCAAGAAGCCACCAAGUUCUUUGCUCUGCCUCAUUGUCUCAAAGAUAAAGCGGGUCCAGCCGACCCGUUUGGAUACGGUAGUAAACGAAUUGGACUCAAUGGUGACGUGGGAUCCAUUGAGUAUAUUCUCCUCAAUGCUAAUAGUAAUCUGUCGUCUACCAAAACCACCGCCGUCUUCCGGCAAACCCAUGCCAUUUUCAGAGAAGCGGUGGAAGAGUACAUGGAGGAGAUGAAGGGAAUGUCGAGCAAGAUUCUAGAGAUGGUGGAAGUUGAGUUAGGGAUAAUGCCAAAGGAGAAGCUGAGCAAACUGGUGAAUGUGAAGGAGAGUGACUCUUGUCUUAGGAUGAACUAUUACAAGGAGAAGGAAGAGACACCGGCCAAGGAAGAGAUUGGGUUCGGUGAGCACACGGAUCCACAGUUAAUAUCAGUGCUCAGAUCAAACGACACUGAGGGCUUACAAAUUUGUUUGAAAGAUGGGACUUGGGUCGCUGUUCCACCUGAUCACUCUUCUUUCUUCGUUAUUGUCGGAGAUACUCUUCAGGUGAUGACUAACGGAAGAUUCAAGAGUGUGAAACACAGAGUACUCACAAAUACAAAAAAGUCAAGAUUAUCAAUGAUCUACUUCGCAGGUCCUCCGUUGACCGAGAAGAUUGCACCAUUGUCAUGCCUUGUCCCAAAGCAAGAGGAUAGGCUUUAUAAAGAGCUUACUUGGUCUCAAUACAAGUCAUUUGGUUACAAGACUAAGCUUGGUGACUAUAGGCUUAGUUUCUUUGAGAAACAACUUCAGUUUUCUCUAUCCAAUUCACAUGCCAUCUACCAAGACGACUUCUUAAUACCCAUCAGUUCCCCUUUAUUCGCCAACCCACGGAAACAAAUCCUCGACAUCCGAAACAGCUCCGUAACCGACCUAGACCGACCAGUCAACACACACCUGUUCCUUAUCCUCGUAAACGCACUGUUCCUCGGCAACUUCGACAGCUUGUACCGAUUCUUCUCCCUCAUUUCGCUUGGAAGCUCCGGAUCUUUGCACAACGCCUUGUACAGCUUCCUCCUCAGCAAGGUUAAUUUGGGCUUAGUUGGGCCUUGUUAUUCUGAAUUGUAA